CGUGACUGCCGUCACCUAGGGCUUUCACAGCACUAACACUCCCAAGUCCCAAGUCCCAAGUCCCAAUUCCCAAAUCGAAGCUGCUCUCUGCCUCUCCGGCCUCCGCCAGUCCGCCGCGCUCUACGUCUCCUGUCGGCUGUGUCCUGCCGUGCUGGUUCAUUGCUGCCGAGUGUCGAAGACGAAGCACCAAGAUCUCACUAGUUCAUCGCUGGUUCAUCACUGCUCAUCUCUGGCUCACUUAGGUUGAAUAUCCAACCCGAGCAAAAAAAGGAAAAAAAAAAGCAGAGGCUUUGGAAUUGAAAUACAGCAUUUUGACAUUCGUACCAUAUAGUAUGUCUUCUUCUGUAGAGAAAGCAGAGGCAGUAAAUGAAUCCGAAGAUCAAGAAGAUGACGAGGAAGAAUUAUCUUGGUCCUCAGAUUCUGAAAUUGGAGAGGCUUUGGAUUAUUUGGAUUCGAAGGAUGAUUCAGAAAUAAUGGAUGGAGCUGUAACACUGCUCACAAGGCGUCCAAAUGCUCAUGGAGGGCUUCACUCUCGCCCUAAUGCAUCUUCUCUUCAACCUCUGUCAAACAGGAACCAAAAGUAUACCAGUCACAUCAGAGCUUCACCACUGGAGGAAUGGGAAGGAAGAGUGAAUGUUGGUAUGUCAAACUCUGUUACAACUGCAAUUCGUGAGAGUGUACGUGACAUGGCCAUUGGAAAAACCAAAAGUACAGAAAAAGCGGACCGUGCAACUGUUGAACAGGCUAUUGACCCAAGAACUCGCAUGGUUUUAUUCAAAAUGCUGAAUCGGGGCAUAUUUAAUGAUAUUAAUGGCUGCAUUUCUACUGGAAAGGAAGCCAAUGUUUAUCAUGCUACAAAAUCUGAUGGUCAAGAACUUGCAAUCAAAGUCUACAAAACUUCAGUUCUUGUAUUUAAGGAUAGAGAUCGGUAUGUACAAGGUGACUAUCGUUUCAGAUACGGAUAUUGCAAGCACAAUCCCAGAAAAAUGGUCAAGACUUGGGCUGAGAAAGAAAUGAGGAAUCUUAUGAGGCUAAAGGCAGCAGGAAUAAGGUGCCCCACUCCGAUUCUCUUGAGACUUCAUGUUCUGGUUAUGGAAUUCAUAGGUGAGGGAGGUUGGGCUGCACCUCGGCUCAAGGACGCUGCUUUGUCUCUGGACAAGUUUCGAGAAUGUUACAUGGAGAUCAUUAUGGUAAUGCGCACACUGUACCAGAAAUGCAAGCUGGUGCAUGGCGACCUCAGUGAAUAUAAUAUUCUUUAUUUUGAGGGGCACUUGCAUAUCAUUGAUGUCUCACAAUCAGUUGAUCUUGAUCAUCCUCAUGCCCUUGAUUUUCUUCGAGAGGAUUGUGUUCAUGUUUCUGAUUUCUUCAGGAAACAUGAUGUAGGCGUUAUGACAAUACGAGAAUUAUUUGAUUUUAUAGUUGAUCCUUCUAUUAAUGAUGAUUCAGUGGAUAGUUACUUGGAAGAGGUGCAACAAAAAAUUUUGGCUAGAGGCCAUGUAAUUUCUGCAGAAGAAGAAAUUGCUGAAUCUGUAUUUAUGCAGUCAUACAUUCCAAAAACACUAGAUCAUGUCAAAAAUGCAGAGGAGGAUGUGCAGCGGCUGAUUAGUGGUGCUGACACUGGAGACAUGUACUAUCAAACUAUUACGGGUCUUAAGCAGGCCCUUUCUAUUUCUGACUCUUCCUUGGCAGAAAGACAGUCACAUGAGCAGGUUGGGCAACCUAUGGAAGAUGUUUCACUACAAGAUGAAAACUCGGAAUCAGCCAGCAGUGGGUCCAGAAGUGGAACGGAUGAAGAUGAAAGUGAUUCAACUGACACAGAGGAAUUAGAUUCAUCAUGUGGAGGCAAGCAGCCGACUGCUGCUGAUAGAAAAGCUGCUAGGAAGGAGAACAAGAAGAAAGUCAAAGAGGAGAAGAGGGAGGCUCGCAAACACAAAGUUCCAAAAGCUGUGAAGAAGAAAAAGAAAAAGUUGGCAAAAGCCAAGAAGUAUAGAUAGGCGGCUAGUUAGCAAGUUUAUCUUUCACCGAGGCAUGUAAGAAGCUGCCACGGCAUGCUUGCCUGAGCUAUUUUCUGUUUGAUGAAAGCUCUCAAUUUUUGAUCUCAUACGUUGCUCCGCACUGUCUCUGAAUUCUGACGUCCCAAUAGUAAGGUGGUUAUUGAUGAAGUAAUAAUAAUUCAAGAAUAA